UGGAGGCCAGUUCGGUGAAGCUUAUGGCUUGGCCGUGCCGGAGGCCGGAAUUCAGUCAGUCAGUCAGUCAAUCAGUCGGCAUUGGAAUGUGCUCACUGAAGGAGUUCCUUCUCAUUCGGUCGGCGAACGUUUUUUCUGUUUUACAUCAAAAGAGGAACUGCAAUCAUCAAAAGUGGUUAUCAUCAGCAAAAAAAAAUAUGCAGCAAAGUGCCGUCAACGCGAGGUGCUUUCCAAGUGUGAACAGAGGCUAGACUAGCUUAGUGUGUCGACUAGUCCACUAGCAAUCCCGCAAAUCAUCACUCCAGCCUACAGGGACAGAUCGUAAUCAUCGAUGCACUGGACUCGUGUUUGCAGUAACUGCAGUUCGGAAGUGCAGCUGUGUGAGAUAACCGAUGCCGGUUAUAGUGCAAUGAAACGUUUUGAAAACGGUUUAGUACUAGAAUAGUAGCAUUCUACGGAAGGUGUUUAGAACGUGCAACAAGUACUAAGUGUGGUCUCACCGAAAAACAAAAGUCCCGGAAAAGUGAAUUCGUUGCAGAAAAUAACCGCAUAUAUAUAUAUUGGUGCAAACGUCGAAUAGUUUUGUUCUACGUUGAAACAAUUCUUGUGUGUCAGUGCGAAACGAAUGACUUUCCGCAUACUGUGUUUACUGGUUACUAUAACGAUUUGUGACGAGGAUUACGCAACCAAUAAUACCGUGUUCUAGUGUGAACUUUGGCUCGAAAUUAUGGUGUCUAAAAAGUUUUGAAAUACCACGAAUUUAUGACCCGUUAAGAAACCAUUAUUAAAUACGUUAAUGUAUGUUUUUAUUGUAAAUUUGAUGUGUAAUGUGACAGAAAGAGCAUCAGCUGCAAAUCUUCACUUAACUAUAUGUAAAUUAAACGUUACCAAUAAAAACUGAACAGUGAAAAGGUUCCAAAUGGAUAAAAAAUAGUUACAACGUGAUCAAUCGGCAUCCUGUCAGCUCGGAAAGUAGUCAACUAUUCGACUAAUAGGACUAAUGUGUAUUGGCCUCCUGAAAAUUGUUGACCUUAUCGGAUUAGGUUGACAAUACAUAUACUUCUGGACAGCAGGCACCAUAAACAAGCACAAUGGGCAUGACAAAUCAGCAAAACCUGAACCGGCAAAUCUGGUGAAGCCGUAGUAAGCUCCGGAGGUAUUGGUCCACAGACAGCGACCAACAUGAAGCAUGAACCCGUGCAACAGCAGAAACAUACUGUCCACUGGUUUCGGAAAGGACUUCGCCUGCACGAUAAUCCUUCCUUGCGCGAGGGUCUCAAGAAUGCUACCACGUUUCGGUGUGUGUUCAUUAUUGACCCGUGGUUCGCCGGCAGCUCCAACGUGGGCAUCAACAAAUGGAGAUUUCUGCUGCAGUGUCUGGAGGACUUGGAUCGCAGCUUGCGCAAGCUCAACUCUCGGCUGUUCGUGAUACGCGGCCAGCCAGCGGACGCUCUCCCGAAGCUGUUCAAAGAAUGGGGUACCACGUGCUUAAGCUUCGAGAAGGACCCCGAACCGUUCGGAAAGGUACGCGAUCAUAGUAUUUCGGAAAUAUGCCGGGAGCUCGGCAUUGAAGUUAUUUCGGCCGUUUCACAUACGCUGUACGAACUUGAAGGAAUCAUCGAAAAGAACGGCGGCCGCUCUCCGCUAACCUACCAUCAGUUUCAGGCCAUCUUUGCAUCGAUGGAUGCCCCGCCCCAGCCGGAACAAACGAUCACACUGAACACGAUCGGAAACGGUACAACCCCGCAGAGUAACGAUCACGAUGAUAAGUUCGGAGUACCGACGCUCGAGGAACUGGGUUUCGAAACCGAGGGUCUUAAACCGUCCAUUUGGGUUGGUGGGGAAACGGAAGCUCUGGCCCGACUUGAACGUCACCUGGAACGUAAGGCUUGGGUAGCCUCGUUCGGGCGUCCCAAAAUGACACCACAAUCGUUAUUUGCAAGUCAAACGGGUCUGUCGCCCUACCUUCGUUUCGGUUGCCUGAGCACAAGACUGUUCUACUAUCAGCUGACAGAUCUAUACAAAAAGAUUAAAAAAGCCCGUCCGCCUCUGUCUCUGCACGGUCAGUUACUCUGGAGGGAAUUUUUCUACUGUGCGGCAACUAAAAAUCCCAAUUUUGAUAAAAUGAUCGGAAACCCGAUCUGCGUACAGAUCCCGUGGGAUCAGAACUCGGACGCACUGGCAAAGUGGGCUAGCGGUCAAACGGGCUUCCCCUGGAUUGAUUCCAUCAUGACGCAACUGCGGGAGGAAGGCUGGAUUCACCAUCUGGCACGUCACGCGGUUGCCUGUUUUCUAACACGAGGCGAUUUGUGGAUUUCCUGGGAGGAAGGGAUGAAGGUCUUUGAGGAACUUCUGCUGGAUGCGGAUUGGUCUGUGAACGCCGGAAUGUGGAUGUGGUUGUCCUGUUCAUCGUUCUUCCAGCAAUUUUUCCACUGCUACUGUCCGGUGAAGUUUGGCCGGAAAGCGGAUCCCAACGGAGACUACAUACGGCGGUACUUACCGGUGCUGAAGAACUAUCCAACACGCUACAUCCAUGAACCGUGGAACGCCCCGGAGAGUGUCCAACGGACGGCAAAGUGCAUCAUCGGGAAAGAUUAUCCCAUGCCGAUGGUAAAUCACGCGAUCGCCAGCCGGGCCAACAUGGAGCGGAUUAAGCAGGUCUAUCAGCAACUGGCCAAAUAUCGCAUUCUUAACAGUGACUACGGCGGCGAAUGUCCCGAAAAGGGUGGCUCUGAAAUAGCCGGUGUGAUGACCGCAGCCAAGGUGCAACACAUGAACGUUAGUAGUCUGAAUGAUAGCCCUAGCCCGAACACGAUCAUGGCCAAUGUGAACCGCUCCGGAAACUAUUUGUGUCGAAGCAAUCCGUCCGCACAAAGUGAUCCCAAUGCUAAAUUUAUUACCUACCACCCGAGUCAGCCCGGUUUGGAUCCGCCGCUGUCACUUCAACAGCAGAUCCCAGCUUAUUUCCAUACUCAGAAUCCCCAGCAGCAUCAACAUCAGCAUCAACAACAACAACAACACCGUUCGAACGAUCAGCAAACCCAAGAUGACCAAUACAAUCAUAAUUUGUCGCAACGAGGCUCCGCGUACAUCAUUAUCAAACCAGAAAACUCAAACGUAGGAGUUAGCAAUGACGAUUUGAUGAAUGCACAUUUCAGUACGCUGCGAGAUCAAAUAAAUACGAGUAUGAUCUCGCUGGGUUCCAGUACGAAGGCGGAAGAUAAAAACUUCGAAUUCGAGCGCAACCAGGAAAAUGUCUACAGCAGUCAGUUCAAAGUGGAAUACACGGAUAACUUCGAUUCCGGGUACGGCAUGAGAAAUGCAAAUUUCUACAACCGAGAUGGCGACGACGGUGCGGUCGACCAGUUCCAGCAACAAAACGAACAGUCAUCCCGGUUAAUUAAAAACUCACCGAUAGACAAUUAUCAGAAGGACCUCAGCGGUAAAGCCGAUGACUUUUUCGUUAAUGACUUUGGCACAGUAUCCAGCCUGCAAAUGAACCGCCAUCAUCACCCUAAUCAGCACCAGCAACGAAGUGCAAUUGCAGAUGACCAUCGCAGGCAGCAGCAACAGCAGCAGCAGCACCAGCAGCAACAACAACAACAGCAGCAGCAGCAACAACAACAAAUGCAACAGUCGCCACCUUUCAAUAGUGAUGAAAAUUUAACAACAGCUGAUUAGACUGUGGCCUACUUCGAUCGAAUGACAUACUAUGUAUGGUGCGACAUGAAAAAAAGAGAUAUUUGAUCAAGGAAAGUGAGUGCUCAUUUGAGCUUCGAUCAGGUUUGAAAGCUACUGGGCACUUGUGUACGAUAAAAUCAAAAUGAUAUUGGUAUGUUUGUAACGUGUUCGCUUGCAAGAAAUAUAACAUUUUUGAUAAUUA